AUGUUUGAGGCACGGCUGGUGCUGGAGGCGGUCAAGGAGCUGAUCACGGAGGCCAACUUCGAGGUCAGCGGCGGCGGCAUCACGCUGCAAGCCAUGGAUUCCUCCCACGUCUCGCUGGUCGCCCUCUCCCUGCGCUCCGACGGCUUUGAGCACUUCCGCGCCGACCGCUCGUUCAGCAUGGGCAUGAACCUGAACAACAUGGCCAAGAUGCUCAAGUGCGCCGCAAACGACGAUGUGAUCACCAUGAAGGCAGAGGAGAACAGCGAUGUGGUGACCUUCCUGUUUGAGAGCGCAGGCCAGGGGCGCGUGAGCGAGUUUGAGCUGAAGCUGAUGGACAUCACCAGCGAGAACCUGGGCAUACCAGACACAGAGUACUCGGCCACGGUGUCCAUGCCCAGCACCGAGUUCCAGCGGAUAACCAAGGACCUGGGCAGCAUCGGGGACACGGUGGAGAUCAGCGUGACCAAGGACGGCGUCAAGUUUUCCACCAACGGCGACAUCGGCUCCGCCAACGUCAUCUGCCGACAGAACCUGAACGUGGAGAAGCAGGAGGAGCAGACGGUGAUCGACAUGCACGAGCCGGUGAGCCUCACCUUUGCGCUGCGCUACCUCACGUCCUUCACCAAGGCCACAGCCCUGUCCCCCUCGGUGGUCAUCAAGCUGAGCAAGGAGCUGCCCGUGGUGGUGGAGUACAAGGUGGCCGACUUUGGGUAUGUGAGGUACUACCUGGCGCCCAAGAUCGAGGAUGAGGAGAUGGAGGAGCAGUGA